AUGGCGUCUAGUCCGAAGAACAGUCCUCAUUUGUUAACAUUAAGAGGUUUGUGGUUUCGGUUGAGGCUUUAAUUUGCGUUUAGUUAUGAGAUUGGCAAGGCCGAAGUUCCAUGAGAGCUGUUCAAUGGGAAUAGAUCCAGCGGACGAGUUUUCGAAUCUUAUAAAUGAAGUUGUCACAAAAGCUCAUGGCAAAGAAAGCAUGGAGGUGCCUUUGAGUGGGUUUUUGAUGGCCCCUCAAACAAUAGAGUAGGUUUUCUUGUAAACUGAUGUGUCAUAAAUUUUAGUAACAUUUACUUGGGCGAAACAUUUACUUUCUAUGUGGCUGUCCUUAACGAAAGCGAUCAGUUAUGCAACAAUGUGAAAUUAAAGGUUUGUUUAUACCCCUUCUGCCUAAAAACUUUUGUUAGACAGACAUACAGACGCAAAGUCAAAAAAUUUCCUUGGAUUGUAAAUUGAGUACCGGAAAGGAUCUUGAACCAAAAAGAUUUGUGGGGAACACGGUAUCACACGAAAUAAAGGAAACUGGGCAGCAUAUGUGAGUGCAUCGAGCAUAAUUAACAUGUUUUUAGUUUGGUAUGUACUGUAACAUACUGCAUCGAGGAGAAGGAGUACUCAUUUCGGAAGUUUUUUAAAUUUCCUGUACAAAAACCAAUUGAUGUCCGUACAAAAUUUUUUAACACAGAAGAUCACUUGGUAAGCAAGCAUUUAAAAACUGACCUUAUUUUAUUGAUUCAGAACAACGAUGUGUAUCUGGAGGCACAAAUUCAAAACUUAUGCGUGAAUCCAAUGAUAAUGGAAAAGGUUGCGCUUGAUCCCUCGGAGUUGUAUGGGCGAAAAGAACUUGUUUCUCAAGACCGGUAAGCACACCGAUUUUUCUCCACAAAAAAUGGAACAAAAAUUUGCUGCAGGGUCACGGUUUUAUCCAGGAAGGUAGCGAAAAUAUUCCGGGUAUUACAGUAUCCCGAUGAUGAAAAUUUCGGUCUUUCGUCAAGAUCUAAAGGUUUUAACCCGGAUCCUCUUCAUUUUAGGAUAGUUUAAAGCGUGGAAUUUCAUAAUCCGUCAAAAUUUUCAAAAUCGACAUAACUUUUUAGAAAACGUCGAUUUAAUCUUUUUUCAGAAAGCAAAUUGCCGUGCGAUAAGCGUAAACUGUCGCGUUCGUACGUAAUGGGCAGAUUUCGAGAUUUUGAGUGUCAUAAAUCCCCUUACAUCUUUUUAGAAAAAGUGUAACUAGAAAAAAAGUAUGAAUUGUAAGUGUAAAUUUUUCAAAAAAAAUGAAACUCUGAAAAAAGGUUCUUAAUUUUGAUGUAACACUGUUAGAAAUGAUGUUAUAUUUUUAAAUUUCUAAUGUCUAAAAAUUUUAAUGUCAGUGUAAAAAUAAAAAGUGUAUACUUUGAAAAUGUGUACUUUUUGAUUUGAACUUGUUAAAAGUUCAAUCUUCAAAACUUUCUUCGACGUUACACAUUUAAAAAAUCCUACACUUACGUUUUUACACUUAGAACAAAUGCCAAUGUAACAUUAUUUCUAAACGUGUUACAUAAAAAUUAACGCUUUUCAAAGUUAAACUUUUUUAAAUAUACACUUGCAAUUCGUACUUUUUCCGAAUUACACUUUUAUUAGGUUGUCCCACAAAUAAUGUCGUUCUUCAAAAGAUUUUUUGUACAAAGAAAUUUACCGUAAUAACGAAGAUAUUUUUGAUCAAAAUAAUCACGAUGUGUUAUACCACGCUAUUGCAACGCGUUGAAAGCAUUUUUUGCCAGUGGCUUUGAAACCCCGGCUUCUGGAGCCGAUUAAAUUUUUGAAGGCCCAUUAAACAAGGUCUUGAUUCAUAAAUUCCCUACCACGGAUCAAACCCAUUAGACUCUUGGAAAGGUAACAAUCUGUUUGAGACAUGCCUAGUGAGUACUCCGGACGAAGGAGAGUCCCGUAUCUCCACUCCUGGAGCGUCGUCUUUACAACGUGGUGUUGCGCAUCGUCGCCUAGGACCUUUGGAAUUCCGCGGCGUGUUUUUAAAGGCAUAUUCUGCCAUAAGCUGUCUAUCUGAAUACAGCAGGACACAGCAUUUACAUUUUGGCCAACUUUCAACGAGCUGUAUUGUGAGAUACCCCUGCUGCACCAUCCAGCAGUGCCCAUCACCUUGUUUAUGGGGGCUCGCUUUGCCAAGUUCCGUGUUGGUACCCUCAGGGGACUCCAUUGGGCACAUCUGGUUGUCGUACAGGAUCUACUCUUCAUCACGGGUCACGAUCCAAUCGAGAAAACCCGGCUCUUCAGAUUGUAAAAGCAACAAACGUGACACCUCCAUUCUGUGGUUCGGUCCAUUAAUAUGGGAAAAAGCUGCCGAGCAUUUUGUUGAAUUCCAUCGACUUCCAACGGUUAGCCGCCGAUUAUUUCAACACCCAGACGAUGUCAGAGACGCGUUGGAUGUUGAUUCUAGGAUAUCUGACGAGUAAUGGCCCCAGGGUAAAUUCAUAAAGUUCGGGUGCCGGACUUUAUCUUUGAGUCCCUCACCGUCAGAUCGAAAUUUUUUGAACCAUUGUUUCACCGUGUUCAGACUCACAUCGGACUAGCCGAACACGCCGUUGAUAUUUUGUGUAACUCCUGUAACUUUUAUACCCUGUUUUUGCUCGUACAAGAUGACGGCACGAAUCGAACUUUUUUCCAUAAUUUUGGAAUGGGGCUAAAUUACUGUAAUUUCAUCCAAAUAUGUCAAAUCUUACCUUGAACGAAACCUUGUGAUCCCGGCUACAAAAUUGUGCAAUAUCGUAAAAUUUUGUUGUUGUUUACGUUUUUUAUGGACUUUGGGCUCUACCCCUCUCGAAAACGACAUUAUUUGUGGGACAACCUAAUACAAAGGUGUAAAAAUAUCUAUGAAAUUCGAACGGGUUCUUGAAAUGCCCAUUAUGGUAUCUGAACGUUAUGGUUUAUGCCCGUUGUAGCACUAUAAUGUUUUAUUGCUUUAGAGAUUCUCCGAUUCAUUUAAAUUCUGGAGAAGUCCAUCAAUAUCUGUUUUGCCUUACUCCCAAUACAACCGAUCAUUCUUUGGCCGAUUUCCGCGGGGUUACCGCCAUUGGAAAGUUAGAUAUGUCAUGGCGAACGAUGAUGGGUGAGCCUGGACGUCUUCAGACGAGUCCCUUGACUCGGGUUUCCCCGUCGUAUGGAGAUAUCAGACUCUUGAUUGAAUCGAUUCCGGGAAAAAUAGAAUUACACAAUCUCUUCACAGUCAGGUGUAAAGUUCUCAAUUGCUGGUGAGUCCUGCGGAUUUCCCAGGAAUGGUCUUCCUUAUGUUUAGCGAGAGAUCUCUGGAUCUAGUCUUGACCGUGGAUAACCAGGAUGAUCGCCCUUUUCUGAUUGCAUCGCUAAGUGGUCUCAGAUUGGGUCAAGUACUUCCAAAUACUUUUGUCCAGUUCUCUUUGGAAGUUCUCCCAUUAAAACAUGGACUGCAGGUGAGAUAAUGGGACUAGGGUAACAAGAGGUGGCAAUCGGGCCAGACCGAAGUAGUCAGGCCGGCCCUGGACCUUUUCAAAUUUGCUUAUAAGGGAAUGGUCUGAACUUCCGCUAGUGUUUGGACCAAACGCAAAACUCUAAUAAACGAAGAAAUCAUUUUGCAAUAAGGGGCGUUAUAGCCAAAACACAAUAAUCGUCGAAAGAAUAAAUAUUUUGGAUGUCUCCGAACCUACGAAGCGAUGGAACGUCGAAGUUAUACUCGUUUGGUCGUAGAGACGGGUAUCCAUACGUUUUUUAAACGGUCUGUACCCCAAUUAGUCAUUGUUUAAAAUUUUUUAUACAGGGUGUUUCAAGAAAUUCCGCGGAAAGUUUUUAUCGAUUUCUUGGCGCUAAGUCACGAUAUCCAAAAAAUUCUUUUUGCAGGAUAAAGAAGAAGAUGGGCGGUUUUUUGCCUAAGAAAAUCAUUUUCUCCGCCGACGCGGAAAACACUGAAUUCGGCAGAGACUUUUGAUCGCUUUUUGGUCAUCACACCCAUCAUAAACGCUUUUUUGUGGGUUUUGACGGUUGAAAUGAAGAUACUUGCUACUUUUUGUGUUUAUCAAGCGUUCGGCGGAGAUAUGGCAGCCGCUGGCCGUAUCUUAACUCAGCUACGACAAGAAAUGGCCUAACGCAAUCCUUAUGGUCUGGCAAGCAUUCUUUGCAGGCAUCGUAUACCCACCAAAAUUUUGUGAUCAAGCCUUGGCUGAAGUUUAGCCAUCGAGGAACCCCAAUAGGUGCACCAGAAAACAACGAAAAAUUUUUUGUUAAAAUUUCUCUUUGCCCUUCUGUUUCAAAUAUCCGCACCAAAAUGACUCUUUUUACCAACGUUGACCUGCUCUAUCCACCUGUACUAGUCAUUUCUCCAAACCCUGUGGGAAGUACAGACCAUUCCCUUGUCAGGCCUGGAAUAGUGAAAGCCCGGUUUACUGUAAACUUUUAUGCUUUCCGGAAUUCUUUUUACGUAUGUAUGUGCGAAAUUAAAACAGUAAGCCAAACGUCGGGAAUAGCCGUGAAGGUAGCCAAAAAGUUGGAUCGUGUUACGGAUUUUCUUUAUCCUAGGAAGUUUGCAACCGUGACAAUACCAUAUGUCUAAUCACAGAUUGCAUAGACAUUUUAAUUUACAUCUCAUCAUCGAGUAAAUGAAUUCUUUUAGUUCACCACCCAAAAGUUCAAACAUGUUUUUGCAACCCUCCGCAUAUUUCGGUGCGAUUUCAUGUAUACAUAAUAAGGAAUUUGGGAGUUUUAAAAACUAAAGUAAAAAGGCUUAAUCUAAUACCAUCCAUUAAUUUUUCAAAAAUGCGUUUUGUUUCGCUCUUUUAGUACUAAAAUUUUUUCGUUUAUUUGCAAAUUCAACCUUAAGGGCCCGACGUGGUAAGGCCGGCCCGAUUGCUACCGCUAGGUGUAAAAUAUGUUUUAGUCUCUGUCUGGCAUACGAAUCACUGAUUCGUAUUUGAAACGGACAUAUGAACUGGAUGAUAUUGCGAAGGUUAUGGUCGUUGAAUCGGCAUGA